AUGAUUGGUUCUACUGUCUGUAGACUGCUCCCACGGGGACAUCUUUUGUGUGGAAACUCAAGAUAUUUUGCCAGUAGGAAUUCCUAUCUGCCCUAUUCCGAAUAUCAUCCGGAUAUCAAUCUGCUAGUGUCAGGGGAACUCGGGGAGUUAGAAUUCCCUGCCGACAAAAGACGUUUACCUCCUGUCAACCGACAACCUGUGUUACCGCCUGCUUCUAAACCCGUUAAGUAUACAAGACAAAAAAAUGACUAUCGUGGACCAGAAGUUUUACUAAACAAACUUAUUUACCGUCAGUAUGGAAUACAGGCGAUGGAAGGUGGUGAUCUAGAAUUCGGUCAUUUUGAAAUGAUGCGAACGUCGAUAAAUAAAGCUUUGGAUGAUAAAAGAAUGUUUGCUGUUUGGGGAGUUGAAGCCCCAUGGAAGCCUAUAACACGUCGACCUCAAGGAAAAAGGAAGGGUGGUGGUAAAGCUAAUAUUCAUCACUAUGUUACUCCAGUUAAAGCUGAAAGAAUUAUAGUUGAACUUGGAGGAUACCUCAAUUGGAGGGAAGCUUAUCGUAUUUUGAGUCGUGUUGUUGAUAGCUUACCAUUCCGUGGUAGAUAUGUUUCACAGGAUCUUUUAGAUACUGAGUCUCAAAUUGAAGCUUAUAUUAAAGCAAAAAAUGUAAACCCUUUUUAUCCACCAGGUUAUGCAUUAGCGCACAAUUAUGCUGGUAGUCGAAGCUUUAUCAGUCCCUACCAUUUAGAUUGGGGCACUUUGAAUUAUCACUAA